AAGAUUGUAAAGAGCGUCAUCAGCCACCGGCAGUGCUCAACCUGCAACUGGUGGAGACGUCACCGACCUGGCCAGCCACUACGGCAACAUCGCUGUGUACGGAACCACUCCGGUAGUGCCCGUUCUAUGGAGAGUGAAAGUGGAGAGAAAGCUAUACUUGAUCUAGCUAAAGCAGGCACCCCGGUGGAAAUCCUUGAAGGUGAUGGUGACAACACUUUAUUGGCCAGACUGAAAAGCAAGCAUGGAAUUAGUCUGAAAAAGAAAUAUGACAAAAACCAUGUGAUCAAAAACUUAGGCAAAAGCUUGUAUGGUUUACAAAAUGAGAAGGGAAUCAAAUAAGCAAGAUAUCAAUAAGUCAUAUCCAAAAGUGUGUCUCAUAUGCCCUUUCAAAGAAUAGCGGGGACUUACAUGGAUUACAAGAGAAUCUGAGAGCAAUUAUUCCUCAUAACUUCGGUGAUCAUCAGUUAUGUCAGCCAAGGUUUUGUGGUUAUCUAAGGAAUAAAGAUGUAACCUAUGUUCACCGUUCACUACCCUACAAAUCUAGUUUGACUGGUGAGACAUUGAGAAAACGGCUAGAGGACAUUAUGACACCUUUCAUUGCCAAAGCGAGCCAGCUCAUUGAAUUGGGAUCCAGUCAGCAGUGUGAGCACGCCAACCGUGAGGUAUCGCUCAAAGCUCCAAAGAACAUCUACUAUGGCGGGACUGAGGCUUUAGACUUUAGAGUACAGGCCACAGCAGCUUUUAUCAAUGAAGGCAGGAACUAUAUAGUAGAGUUACUACGUUUUGCAGUUGAUAGUUACAUUGUUUGGUUGUCUUCUACAGUUACAAGUAAACAAAAGUGCUGAUUUGUCCCCUGGACACCACACACAAAAGUAUGCAAAGCAGUGUGCCAGCAAACGCAAAAAAAGUCAAGAAACGUUCUGUAAGCCUUCUGCAAAAGGAAGACGUUUAUUCCUGAAGAAAGAGCGUGCUGUCAACCAGUCGGCUACAGAGUCACUGGAAGGCAUGACAUAUCAGUCAGAAGUUGGCCAUGAAGAUUGUACUGACAUAGACAGAAUCCCUGAUCCUAUACCGCGUGGAGUAUUCAAGCCAGUCUGUUCAAGUGGCGAACCAUCGUACAUCACUGUGGACCUUGAAACUACAGACCUUAUUCGAGGAGAGGUGUAUCCUCAUAUAACACAGAUAGCCGCCAAACAUGUGAGCACAGAGAAGAGCUUCAGUUGCUAUGUGUUACCCAAACUACCGAUGAGUGCCUCUGCCGAACAAGUGACUAAAAUUGUUGUGACAAAUAGUAGUGAUAUGUUUGUAAAUGGUGUUCCUGUUGAAACUAAAACUAUUGAAUCAGCACUCAGAGAAUUGUUUAGCUGGCUGAAACAGUUCAGAAACGUGUUUCUAAUUGCACAUAAUGGAAAACGUUUUGACUUUCCUAUCAUUAUCAACGCCUGCUUAGCUACUGGAAUGUUUAGUGAACUUUGUGCAUGUGUAAUAGGAUUGGUAGACACUCUUCCAGUAUUUAAAUUCGUAUGUCCUAAAAGGGAGUCUUACAAACAGGAGGAUCUGGCCCGUACAUUGCUUUCCAAAGUGUAUAACGCUCUUGAUGAUGUCAAGUGUUUGUCAGAGCUGGUCAGUUACGCUGUGAAACAUGAUGAAAAGUGUGUAGUAGUGAAGAGUUUUCCUCCUAGAGAUGUCAAACACAGCAUGGAAUCCAACAUAGAGAAAAAGAAAAACAUGCCAUCUCUUUCUGUUCUGGUAGCAAAUGGUGUCAUGAAGUCGUCCACUGCCGACAAUGUGGCUAGCUCGGGGUUAAAUUUCAAACAUUUACAUACAAUCUUUCUACGUAAGGGAGAAGAUGGACUGUACAAUGUAUUUACUAUGAGAAACAGUGAAGGGUUGCCAAGAGUGACAAAUUCUAAGAGGGUUUUGGAGGCUGUAAUUCCAAAAUUAGUGUCGUAUUUUGAAGGCAAAAAUUAGGUUUGUUCGUCAAUUCAAGGUCAAACAUGUACUAUGUCUUGAUUAAUUUUAUAAAUAAUUUGACACUAGUUCAAGUUAUUUAUCUUUCAAAGAAGUAUUGAAUCUUUCAGAAGAGUACUGUAUUUAUGAAUAAUGUAUGGCAAGCAAACUAGAUACUUAUUUUUGUGAAAAUAAUCGUGAAAGACAUUUCGAGCAUUUUUUUCAUGAAAAAAUUGUUAUCGUAAUUUUAGGGGAUACCUUUUUGCUUGGACUUAUUUAAAAAAAAUAGAUGGUAAAAGUUUUUGAUUUUCAUAUAUCUUAUUGCCUACACUUUGAGGAAAAUUUUAAUACCAAAAUUACAUUAUUACAUACCUUUGAAUGUAUAAAUUUUGAACUUUGAAACAAAUAGUUGAAAAAAAUUUCAUCCCACAAGUCGUCAGUUUUAGCCCAUAUCGCUAUAUAUUUUUGCUUAUAUUUUAUGAAAGCCUUGUUUACUAUACAUGGAUUGUUGUUUUUUGGUACAAUAUAUAUAUAGAGGAAUAGAAUACCUGCUAGAAA